AAUCAGAGAAACAGGCUAUGGGGCAUUCGAUACCUACCGAAUCCUCUGUUAUGGCUGUCCAACGCAAACCAGGUCCUCCUCCAGGCUUCUCACAUCGUCCUCUAGGUAAACCAAAUCCAUAUGCAAAUAGAAAGUGCAUUGUGUGUGGGGAACUAGGUCAUAGCAAAGAGCGGUGCUAUGAAGUGAUUGGUUACCCUGAUUGGUGGGACUUCACCAAGAAACCACGAAAGAAUCUGGGCAAGGCCGCCAUUGCUACUACAGAGGAAGAGCGUCUAGACAAUGCCUCCGCUAAUGUAGCGCAAUCAGGUAUGAAGGGACAUUCUGACUCGGCGGAUCCUUGGUUAUGGUGUUAGAAGGGGGAAAUUGUACUACCUGGAUCUGACAGAGACUGGAGAGAACCAGAAGCAUCUUUUGGGGCAAGCUAAUCAGAUCAAUGGGGUAGAGAAUGCGAAGGAAGCUGUAUGGUUAUGGCAUCGCCGUUUAGGUCAUCUAUCUUUUAGUUAUCUUAAGAAGCUGCAACCUCAUUUGUUUUCUGUUGUCAGUGAUUUGGAUUUCCAUUGUGACA